UAACCAUUUUCGCGUGCCAAGACGACGGCCCCUAUAAAUUCCAUCUUCUGUUGUCUCAGGAGUCAUCGCGCUUUCACGUUCUCAAUUCUUCUGGCCCCCGUUUUUCUCCAACCAACGUCAACAACUCAGAAUCACCGGGAAAAAUGGCGGACCUCGAUGUCUCUCAGAAUGGAGCUUCUGUCACUGUUGCUAAUAAUCAAUCGGCUCUGAUCUUCUUAGGAACUGGUUGUUCCAGCGCCGUCCCCAAUGCAAUGUGUCUGAUCCAGCCCUCUGAUCCUCCUUGCCGCAUCUGUUCCCAGGCCCUCUCCGUUCCACCUGAGAAAAACCCUAAUUACAGGUGCAAUACGUCUCUUCUCAUUGACUAUUGCCAAGUGGAUGGCAGCCACCAUUAUAUUUUGAUUGAUGUAGGGAAAACAUUUAGGGAGCAAGUACUACGAUGGUUUACUCACCAUAGGAUUCCUAGAGUGGAUUCAAUUAUUUUGACUCAUGAACAUGCUGAUGCGAUUCUUGGCCUGGAUGAUGUACGUGCAGUACAACCUUUUAGCCCUGUAAACGAUAUUGAUCCCACACCAAUUUACCUCAGCCAGCAUUCAAUGGAAAGCAUUUCAGUGAAGUUUCCUUACCUAGUCCAGAAGAAACUUAAAGAAGGCCAAGAAGUGAGACGAGUGGCACAGCUUGACUGGAAGAUAGUUGAGGAUCAUCAUGAGAAGCCCUUUGUUGCAUCAGGCUUACAAUUUACUCCUUUGCCUGUUAUGCAUGGUGAAGAUUAUAUAUGUCUGGGGUUUCUUUUUGGUGAAAAAUAUAGAGUAGCUUAUAUUUCUGACGUUUCACGAAUUCCUGCAAGUACAGAACAUGUUAUUUCAAUAAAUGGAGCUGGACAGUUGGAUCUUCUUAUCUUGGACACGUUGUAUAAGACUGGAUCCCAUAACACUCACUUUUGCUUCCCACAGACCCUGGAUGCUGUGAAGAGGCUAAACCCGAAACAAGCCAUGUUAAUUGGAAUGACGCAUGAAUUUGAUCACCAUAAGGACAACGAGUUCCUGCUUGACUGGUCCAAAAGGGAAGGAAUUCCAGUGCAGCUUGCUCAUGAUGGGUUAAGAAUUCCUGUAGGCCUUUAAACAGGCUAUACGGACCACGAGUCAGUACCUGAUUGACAUACAUCUCAUGUGUUUUGGGAGGAUACAAUUCAUUCUUUUUGAAACUAUACCGGAAACGUUUGACAGCCAUAGCUGUGUCUUAGGUAAAGCAAAUUUUACAGUUUGGUAUUGAGAGUGAUGGAAUUAGAAUGGCAAGGCGAUUAAGAAGGUUAUUAUUUUUCAUUACUUCAAUGAUCAUAUAAUUUUGGGCGUUAUCAGCUAGCCAGCAUCAGGUGAUCUAUAUGCUUUUUUUUGUUUUCUUUUUGUUGAAGUUCGUUGAAGUGGGAAUCCAGCAGCUCGUUGUGGAUUUAGAAUUGUAAACUUUCAAUAAAUUGAAAAGCUGUACAAGUUUUAGAGGCAACGUAUCUAGCUUUAAAGGCAGUUUCUUCCAUGCCUUGAUUGUUCUUUGUGUUAAGACAUUGACUUCCUUUGAUCUUGUGAAAAGAUACUGAGUUUUGUACGCAAGAGACAGGAAACACGAUCCCUAUUACUCAAUUCACUUAGCUGUGAGAAAUUCACAACUUUUUC